UGGAACUAGAUAAGCGAUCUUAUCUAGCGGAUUGCUUGUCUAUUCCAUACACGAUCUCAACAGCUUACACAUUCUCGUGUGUCGAUUUUAAAAUGGUGAAACUGCGCUCUGAUAUAUUAGGGGCAGUCCCCUGCGGGUGGACGAGUUUUUUUUUGUAGAAACUUAUCCAUCUGAAUCAAGUGUCAGCCAAAUAAUCUAUCGUGCCUAUUACAGGACGAGUGCCGCUUUUGCAAAGUAACCGCGAUACAACGGUUCCAGAAUACGAUCUCCUAUUUGCUCGAUUCAUGUAACCUUUACCAAAAUGAGCAGUUACAUAUAAAAAUUAUAUUCGUUCUCUCAGCCGGAAACCUCGUUAGAUAGGUCACGACUUAAGCUGAUUGCUCGAGUUUAUCGCCUAUACAAACAAUUAGGUUAUCUCUGUUGGCAAAAGAUUCGGCCUGUCAUGGUUAUUGGACAUUGAACGCGUAUACAAUGAGAGGCCUCUACCACCCACGAGACAACAGCUUCGCACCAGCCUAUGCUCAAUAAUGAUAGCUAGUUACCGGAAAUCGUUUGUUGGUUUGACUGGAAGCAGUGAACAUCCGAUGGCGCUCUAGAGAGAAGAUAAGUAGACUAUUACGGUACAAGGAGACAAGACGUAGCUAGCAUAGCCUCUAGUCACGCUACCUCGAUAUGGAAGCAACAAGUGGCAGACGUGUCUAUCGGACGAAUAGCGCUCACUUGCUCGCGGCAAUUGCCCUCGACGGUUGCUGGUUUACGACAAUGGCAAGAGACUCACGCUCUGGAUGGAAUCACGCGAAGGAACGACGUACAUACACAACUGACCAUGACUCGGUGGGUCGAAUAGCAGUCGAAAAGCAACAGCGCGCGUACUGCAGGUGUUCAAAAAAGUUGACUUGAUUAGGGAAAGAGUAAAGUACUUUGUCUUAAGGUACGCCCACCUCCGAAGUAAGCAAUGGUUGAUGUAAACGCUCUUGUGGACAAGAUCGGGCCGUGGCAGAUUCCGGUGUUUCUACUGAUCAUUCUUCGAUCGUGGCCACUUGAAUUUCACAUUUUAUUUCUAUCGUUUGCCGCGCCCUCGAAACAAGAUCACUGGUGCGCCCGGCCGGCACAAUUUGUCGAAAAGUUCUCGGUCGAUGAAUGGAAACGACAGGCUAUACCAGUUGUUCAAAAUAAGUUCAGCAGAUGCCUGGUUCGUAAAUGGGUCGAAGAAAAUGGCAAAGUGCGAUUUCUGAACGAAACCGAAAAUUGCAAAAUCUGGGAGUAUGAUACGACGUACUAUGAUUGGACUGUCGUCCGAGAAUUCGGGCUCGUAUGCGACAAAAGCUGGUACGUUUCUGCUUCCCAGGCUUCUUUCAUGGCUGGAAUUAUGGUGGGAAAUGUCGUAUUCGCUAAAAUCGCCGACAGGUAUGGACGCCGCAAAUCACUUCUAUGGUCGACGCUUCUGAUGAUCGUCGUUGGCUUCAUCACUGUUUUCUGCCGAGACUAUUGGUCAUUCAACGUUGCACGUUUUGGCAUUUCAAUUGCGUGUGGAGCCUACCAGUGUACAAUUCUGUCAUUGUUAAUGGAGUGUCUGUCCGCUAAGAAGCGAAGUUGGGCAAUGCUUUCUUCGUUUGGCUGGACAACUGGCUCGAUGAUACUUCCAUGGACCGCGUACCUCCUGCCGAACUGGAUAUACCAACAAAUCCUUUACGCAGCCUCCGCUAUACCGUGUCUGAUUAUCUGGAAAUUUUUACCCGAAUCCCCCCGUUGGCUCUUGGCCAGUGGGCAUGUAGAUAAAGCUGAGACGGCAAUAGGGAAACUCGUGCGCAAAAACAACUUAAAGAACGUCGACGUCGGUAAAAUGUUUGAAGAGUACCGCGAAAACAACAACAUAUUGCAGGGCACCAAACCACGCGAUUCGGUAGUGGGCCAGCCAGCAUAUGCUGACCUUUUUCGCGGGCCUAGGAUGCGUGUCCGUUCUGUCUGCAUUCUCAUCAUGUACUUCGCGAAUCGUCUGCUCAUGUUUCACUUAACAUUUUUUUCGUCACGAAUGGGAGGUAACCCAUUUUGGGGCUUUACACUUGUUGCUCUUCUCACUAUACCAUCAGAUAUUAUUUCUGUGAUCUGCAUUCGCCACGUCAAGAGGCGACCCACCAUGUUCAUAUCGUUUCUGGGUACCGGCGCGUUCAUCCUGCUGCUUGUCCCCUUUGGCGAAGAUCAGUUCAUGGCGCGUGUGAUUUUGUGCACGCUAGCCAAGAGCCUUAACGGGAUAGGAGCUUGCUCACUGGGAGUGUUCGCGUCGGAAUCGUUUCCCACCGUCAUAAGAGCCAUGGGUAUUGGCAGCGCGUACACAUCCUCGCGAUUUGGCGCGAUGUUCUCGCCAUUCUUCAAAGAGCUAGCAGAUUUCGCAGGUCCCGCCGCUGCUGCUGCAGUAUCCGCAGGCAUCGCUGCUUUGGGUGCUCUCUCAACCCUCUUUUUACCAGAAACGCUGAAUAAGGAGCUUCCAGAUUCGUUGGCCGAUGUCGAUCCUGAAGUUUACGCUUCGGUAGAAACAAGGGCGAAAGACACACACGAAGCCGACGAUAUAAAGAAUGGGGUAAAAGUGCAAUGUAGCAUUCGCCGCACAUAGCGUUGUUAAUAAAAAAAAAAAACGUUAAGAUCUGUAGCAAUAAAAAUCUGUUUACAUCACUGAAGCUUGCGGUGUUGAUGAUGUUUUUGCAUAGUACCUAUUUCAUUAAAUCAUGGACGCUGACCAGCCACAGAUCUGAUAGACGAAUUACCUUGAUAGUAAACUACUUUACCGGCGGUGAAUAUUUUUGCUGUAAAAACGACUCAAUUAUUUCCGCAAUAAAAU